GCUCUGAGCGCCACCACCAUGCCCCACGGCAUUCCCAGCCCUCCCGGCAUUCCCAGCGGCGGCAUCCCAGCGGCAUUCCCGGCCUGGCAAUGAGCGGCUUCAUCCCCGUCACCGGACCAUGAGCUCCCACCGCCCGCCGCGCCAUGAGGACACCGACGGCUCCCCAGCGCCCUUUUGGGUGCCCAAUGGCAACGUGGUGCCAGCACCCCCCGUGGCGGCACCUCCCGGGGCUGACCCCCCCCGCAUGGUCCCUGUCCCCAAAAUGGGGGUCCGUGCCCGCAUCGCCGAGUGGCCCCCCAAGAGGGACCCCCCCAAGGAGCCGCCUCGGGAAGCAGCGGGAAGCCGGGAUGCUCCUUGGAGCCGGAAUGCGGCCCCCAUCGGGCAGCAGCCCCUGGCUGGCGUCGCGGGCUUCAAAGCCCUGCAGCGCCUGGCGCGGCGGCGUUCCAAGGAUGUGGAAUUCCAAGAGGGAUGGCCUCGAUCCCCGGCCAAAGGUUUGGCACCGCUGCGACACCGGAGCAGCAGUGAGGUGACGUUGAGCGAGUGCGAUCCCGAGGAGCCGACGGAGCCCCGAGGAGCCAAACUGGGAGGAGGAGGUGGGAUAUUCCGGGAAUACGGCAGCACCUCCUCCAUUGACAUCCAGGGAAUCUCGGAGCAAAGCUUCUUUGAUAUGCUCAAUGAAUUCCGCACCAAGAAGCCCGAGCGGCGAGCGGCGAGCCCGGAGCGUCUCGGAGAGGCCGGUUUUCCUACGGGAUCAUACCCCGGGAUCAAAGCAGAUGGCAGGAAUGGAGCUCGGGAUGAAGCAUUGACCCAAUCCAAGGAGAAACCCCGCCGGAGAUGCCCCAAAGGCGACGCCGGCACCGAAUCCAUCUUCAGGAAGCUCCGGAACGCCCGGAACGACGCGGAGCCGGAGGAGCCGCGGGCGCCGGAGCCGGGCAGGAGCUGGUGGUGCCAGAAGAGCUUUGCCCAUUACGACGUCCAAAGCAUCUUCUUCGACCUCAACGCCGUGGCCACCAACCGCGUGGUGGUGGCCCAACGCCGCAACACCACCACGGGCGCCUCGGCCGCCUCGGCCGCCCCGUCGGGAAUGGGCUCGGAUCCGGCCUUUCCCGGCACCGAGGAUCCCAACUCGAAGGAGAACUUGGAGCACGACCUCGGCGAUAACACCAGCAACGAGCUGCUCCUCAGUUGUCCCCAUUUCCGCAACGAGAUCGGCGGCGCCGGCGAGCGCAACGUCAGCUUCUCCAAAGCUUCCGGGGGAUCUCCGGUCCUCCCGGUAUCCGAUGGGAGCUUCCCGGAGCCCAUCCUGGAUCCCCGGCCCACCAACGCUGCCAUCUCGGUGCUGGAGGUGCCCAAGGAGCUGCAGAGGAGCCCCAACCGCCUCAAGCACUACAGCGUGGAGCACGUGGACCUCGGUGCCCGCUACUACCGCGACCACUUCCAUGGCAAAGAGCACUCGAAUUACUUUGGAGUGGAUGAGAAGCUCGGCCCGGUGGCCGUCAGCAUCAAGCGGGAGAAGCUGGAGGACCACAAGGACCACGGCCCCCAAUACCAGUACAGGAUCAUCUUCCGCACCAGUGAGCUCAUCACCCUCCGUGGCUCCAUCCUGGAAGAUGCCACCCCCACCACCACCAAGCACGGGACAGUGCGGGGCCUCCCGUUGAAGGACGCUCUGGAAUACGUCAUUCCCGAGCUCAACAUCCACUGCCUGCGCUUGGCCCUCAGCACGCCCAAGGUCACCGAGCAGCUCCUCAAGCUCGAUGAGCAAGGGCUCUGCCGCAGGCACAAGGUGGGAAUUCUCUACUGCAAAGCCGGGCAGAGCUCGGAGGAGGAGAUGUACAACAACGAGGAGGCCGGUCCCCCCUUCGAGGAGUUCCUCAUGCUCCUGGGGGAGAAGGUUUGCCUCAAGGCCUUCAGCAAGUACGCGGCCCAGCUGGACACCAAGACCGACUCCACCGGGACCCAUUCCCUCUACACCACGUACCAGGACUAUGAGAUCAUGUUCCACGUGUCCACCAUGCUUCCCUACACUCCCAACAACAGGCAGCAGCUGCUGAGGAAGAGGCACAUCGGGAAUGACAUCGUCACCAUCAUCUUCCAAGAACCUGGAGCGUUGCCUUUCACCCCUCAGAACAUCCGUUCCCACUUCCAGCACGUCUUCAUCAUCGUCCGAGCCCACAAUCCCUGCACGGAGAACGUCUCUUACAGCGUGGCCGUCACCAGAUCCAAGGACGUCCCUUCCUUCGGUCCCCCCAUUCCCAACGGCGUCACCUUCCGCAAAUCCGACGUCUUCCGAGAGUUCCUCUUGGCCAAGGUGAUCAACGCGGAGAACGCGGCUCACAAAUCGGACAAGUUCCACACCAUGGCCACCAGGACACGCCGGGAAUACCUGAAGGACCUGGCUGAGAACUGGGUCACCAACACUCCCAUCGACUCCACCGGGAAGUUCAACCUCAUCUCCUUGGCUUCCAAGAAGAAGGAGAAGACCAAAGCACGGGUUGGGGCUGAGCAGCACAGCGCCGGGGCCAUCUCCUGGCGUGUUUCCGCGUUGGAUUUCGCCCGUGGAGCCGAGAUCUCUUGUGCUUUGGGAAUCUCCAAUGAGUUCGUGGUCCUCCUGGAUCUGGGAGCUAAAGAGGUGGUCUUCAACUGCUUCUGUGGGGAUGUCAUCGGGUGGACCGCCGAUGCGGCCACCAUCAAGAUCUUCUAUGGCCGAGGGGACCAUAUCUUCAUCCGGGCCGGGGAAGGGGGUCCUGAGGACAUCAAGGAGAUCGUGCAGAGGUUGAAGGUGAUGACGGACGGCUGCGAGACGGUGGACAUGACCCUGAGGAGGAACGGCCUGGGCCAGCUGGGCUUCCACGUCAAGUACGAUGGGACGGUGGCCGAGGUGGAGGACUACGGCUUCGCCUGGCAAGCGGGCCUGCGGCAAGGCAGCCGCCUGGUGGAGAUCUGCAAGGUGGCCGUGGUCACCCUCAACCACGACCAGAUGAUCGACCUGCUCCGCACCUCCGUCACCGUCAAGGUGGUCAUCAUCCCGCCCCAUGAGGAUGGGGCUCCUCGGAGGGGCUGGUCCGAGUGCGUGUCCCUGGGCAGCACGGAGCCCAGGGAGGAGCCGGAGCGGGGGGGCUGCCCGGUGCGCCCCCCAUACCGCAGCAGCGCCGCGUGGCAAUGGAGCUCCUCAGCCUCCCACAGCACCAGCCUCGGCCCCACAGCGCCCCACGGCCGCCCUGGCAAGCAGGCGGUGCUGCCGCCCCACGGCAAGAGGCCGCUGAGCUUCCCAGAGACACCGCAUCCCUCCUCCUCCUCAUCCCCAUCGGAGCGGCCGCAGCCGUACCGGCAACCAUCGGGCAGCUUCUCCGCACCGGGCAGCACCUUCACUCGCUAUAAACCAUCCCCAGAGAGGUUUGGGGCAGCAGCGGAGCCACCCGAUGGCGAUUCCUCCUCGGGGGGGGUCAGCAGCCACGAGAGCACCAUGGAGCGGCACAACCCGGGUACGGUGACCCCGGUGUCCCCCCCCGAGGCCACCGGGGCCUUUAUGGUGACACCGACCCAACGGGGACUCAUUGCAGAGCCCCUGUGGCACGUGCCAGCGCAGCCCCGCUUGCCAACAGGCAGGAGAAGCAGCAAACAGGAGGUGGCCGGGAUGGAUUCUCCCAAGCGGCAUUCCAAGGGUGAGGCACCGUAUUCCAGCCAUUCCAGCACCACCACGCUCUCCAGCACCGCCUCGAGCGACGAGCGCUGGUUCGACAUUCCCGAUGCCAACGACGGCGCCGAAUUCCCGGAUCCUUUCCCCAAAAGCAGCGCCAACGACAGCGGCAUCGACACCCCCAAACCACCACCCCCCCCCCGCCCGCUAUCCCAAAGGGAUAAGGGCCCCAAACCCAUAGGGGCUCCAGGGGACGAUGCCACCGCCACCACCAAGGGGGACCCAUCACCCCCCAGCACAAGCUACAGGCACAAAGCAGGGACCCCCCCACAACCCAGUUCCAACCCACGGAUGGGGUAUCCUGGCUAUGGCACCCCCACAACUGAAGCCCCCCGGGGGGGGGCCCAGCUCUCAGCUUCCAUCCCCAAAUCCUUCUUUUCCAAGCAGCCGGUCAGGAAUAAACAAGCCACGGGCUGGAAAAGGGCUGAGGAGAAGCCUGAGCCCCAAAAGCAGGUUGAGGCCACCCCUAAGAACGUCUUUGGGCAGCCCCGGCUCCGGGCGUCACUGCGGGACCUGCGCUCCCCCCGCAGGAGCUACAAGUCCACCAUCGAGGAUGACCUCAAGAAGCUCAUCAUCAUGGACACCACCAGCCCGGAGCCGGAGCGUGCCCCGACCCCCCCCAAGGGGCUCCAGAGGACCCUGUCAGAUGAAAGCCUCUGUGGUGGGCGCCGGGACCCAGCUUACACCAGUGGGAGCCCAGUGCUGGAAGCAGAGGGGGGCUUUGGGAGCACGUACCCAUCCAGCACCCUGCCCAACCGCCGCCAGCACCCAGCCACCACCAACGGGGGCCUCCACGACAAGAAGGGCCCCAUCUCUGCCUCGGAGCUCUCCCUGCGCCGCGUGGAUCCCGGGAUGAUGCCGCUGCCGGACACGGCCACGGGGCUGGAAUGGGCCAGCCUGGUCAAUGCAGCCAAGGCCUAUGAAGUGCAAAGGGCCGUGUCCCUGUUCUCCCUCACGGAGCCGGUGCUGAGCCCCGACCCCCCCCCACCCCCGGAGAGGCCACGGGGGGGCGCCCCCCCCAUCAGGUACAGGGACACCCCCCCCCCCAUAUGUGGGCCCCCCCCCCAUGUCCCCCUUGUAUGUGGGGCUGGGACCCCCACAUGUGGGGCUGGGAUCCCACCCCCCCCAUUGCCCUAUGCCCCCCCCCACAGCCCCCCCACAGCCUUGGACCUUCCCGAGAAGGUGUCGCAGCUCGAGGCCAUGCUAAAGCAGCUCCACAGCGACCUCCAGAAGGAGAAGCAGGACAAAGUGGUUCUCCAGGCCGAAGUGGCCAACCUGCGCCACAACAACCGGCGCCUGCAGCAGGAAUCGCACUCGGCCGCGCGCCAGCUCCGCCGCUUCGCCCGCAUCUUCUCCGGCACCGUGGACAAGGAGGAGCUGUGACCCCCUCCUUGGGACAAUGGCAUUCCAUAGGGAACAGCGUCAUUCCAUAGGGAACAGCGUCAUUCCAUAGGGAACAGCGUCAUUCCAUAGGGAACGCCGUCAUUCCAUAGGGAGACGCUGCCCUUCCAUAAGAGA